AUGGGACAACUGCUCGCCAUGUUUCGCCGAUCGCGUCUCGACGCGACGCGCAUCCGAAGCGUCUGGUGCGAUCACAUCAAAUCCGGCGAUCACUAUUUUCAGAAGGUCGUGUUGGGCGUGUGCUCGCGGAACGCGUGCAUCCGAAGCGCGAUGCUCGCCUCGACGCAGCAAUUCGCCGCCAACGAGGACGAGGAGAAUUUCGUGUUGUCGAAUCUCGCCGAUCGCAUCACCGUCUUCUUCGAGCAGCUGAUCACGGAUGACGUCAUCUCGAAUCAAGCGGACCUUCAAAAACAGUGCUAUGAGCUCGGCAGGCAGCAUUGCUCAUAUAGCAAGAAAAUGUUCAAGAUAUCGUAUUGGGAGGAAUUCCUGCUGAUGAUGAUGGACGUGCUGGAGAACGAGCAUCCGGAGACGACGAAGGACGAGCAGAAGGCGUGGCACGCGUUCAUCCGAUUCAUCAAUGAGAACAUGCUUGAUGGUUAUCUCGAUGCCACGUCAUAUGUCAAACAAUAA